ACAGCGCUCUUUAAAUUCACUGUAACUGUUGAAGUUCCACAUUGAAAAGGAAUUAACUCAUAUUCCAAUGUUGAAAGGUUUGUUGUUGUUUACGAUUUAAUUUAAUUUGAAAUUUGUGAACAUGCGGAUAUUUAUUUUGAAAGAGUACCUGGCGUUGUCAGGAAUUGUGGGUAACCGCGCUCUCAGAGCAAGGUCAGAGCUACCAUGACAAGCUACACAACAGUUCCAGAGGCGCACACGUUUUCACGGUGUCCAUACUUUUAUGUGUCCACGGUGUCUGUAUGAGGAAUAUAUGUCGUCGAAGGAAUGGAAUUAAAUUAAGAAGUGGACAUCAGUAUGAAUCGUGGCCUUAUUUGGGAACUCGUGUAGUUAUAGUGAAAACGUGACGCUAACAUGGCCAAGUGUUAAGCGACGAGAGAGCUGCGUAUGUUCGGAGACUGCUAAGCUAGCAAGCUAGAGCAAGCCGGCUAAAACUACACGUGCCCGGAACGUCCAGGAGCCGACUAGAGAGAGAGAAGACGGAGGCGCUCAGCAUCGGAGCACCUUGACUUCAUCACGGCUUGCUGGCGAAAGAGAGACGGCGUUGGUGUCAUCACGACCGCCGGCUACAGAGAGAGAGAGGACGGCGGCGCUAACCACCGGAGCACCCGACUUCAUCACGGCUUGCUACAGAGAGAGAGAGAGCGGCGGCGUCAACCACCGAAUCAUCGCGACUUCACCAUGGCUGGCUAGAGAAAGAGAAACAGCCUGACUGUCAUCACGACCUGCUGGAAAAAACAGAGAGCACGGCGGCAUCAGCUACCGGAGCACCGCGACUUCACCCCGGCUUGCUGCUGCGAGAGAGGACGGCAACGUCGCUCGCGAACUACCGCAACUUCGCCAGCAGAAAGCAGGCUGUCCAGCGAAUGCUACAACUCUUCAUAUAUCCUUACCUGGCUCCAACUAGCAUGGUUUUCAGCCUUCUGGCAGAUAAGAGCAACUCUACAAUAAUCAUUUAAUUUGAGAGUAUCAACCUACAACUGUAUGAACAUUUGUAAAGGUUGUAAGAGAUAAGUUUUGAGCAUCUUGUGUGAAAUCACAAAUGUUUACGGUUCGCCUUAGUUUGAAUGUUCUAUGGUUUUUGACUUAAGAGUAUAAAUGCAUUUUUAGAAGUGCACCUAAAGGGUUUAUAAGAGUAACUGUUGCUACAAACAUAUGCUAGCAGUAAUUUUGUUUAAAUGCAGUAGCAUUUUUCUUUCAUUGCCAUGUCAAUCCAUAGUGAAGAAUCACAGUGUGGUGGUCCUAGCGAACCUGUUGGGUCACUCCAGGCAGAGUUGGUUAGACUAAAUGAGAGGUUAAAAUCUCAGAUUGAGGAAGCUGAAAUAGAGAGACUAGAGUCACUUAUUGAUGAUAUCCAUGCAAAAAUAAACGUUCAAAAGGUAUCAAUAACACAGCCUUCCUCCAAAGUUGAACCUCGUAAAUCGUCACGAGAGAGAAAGUUAACUCCCAAAAUGCUGGAGCUGAAACAGCAAGAGGUCUCUCAAAAGGAGAAGAAGUUCGUUAUGUUGUACGACAAAUGGAAGGAACAGGUUAGAGCAGUACGCCGCUCACUCAGAAACGAUUGCUCUGACAAGGACUUGUGUUGCUUGAUGGACAAUGUUGAAGAGUCAGAAGCCCACGUGAAAGAGGCAUAUGAAAAUAUUCGAGCACAGUCUGCACCUUCUACUGAUAUUAGACGUAAGAUGGAUUCCUGCUCAGCAGUAACUGCAGAUGUGAUGGGACUGCUUAAAGUGCGCAUGAGCGAAGUGGGACAAGAUGACUUUGAUACAAAGGCAGAAAAUGCAAGAUUGCACAUGAUGCUUGACAAAGAAUAUGCCCAGUCAAUAUUUAGUGGCUCAAUCCCCAAAUCUGUUGGUAGUCAGCAGUCAAAAUGUCCAUCAGAACAGCAAAGCAUCACAGCAAAAAGAAUAGACUGCGUUGCACAACUGGCCGCAAAAAGAGCAGAAAUGGAAAUGGAGUCGGCAAUUGCUGCACAAAAACAAGAGCUCAAAAGACUGGAAGAUCAGCGAGAUCUCCAAGUGAUCGCUGCUAGGAUGAAAGCUUAUUCUGAAGCAGGCUCAGGUGAGAUCCCUGGAAUAGAUGAAGUGAGUUGUCCCCCUGUGAUUAAUAACAAAGAGAUAAAAGAUGAACAGUUACAUUACACUACAAACUAUGAUAAUGUACAAUCAGACAAUGCUACAAAGGAAGUUUCUUUAGUACAAGUAUUACAUGACACAAUGGCACUCACCAGACUCCCAGCGCCUGAGCCCUCGGUCUUCUUAGGAGACCCACUGAAGUUCAUAGAGUGGAGCGCUAGUUUCAAAGCACUCAUAGAACGAAAAUGUACAAAUCCAGCAGACAGACUGUUUUACCUUCAGAAGUACAUCAGCGGUGAAGCACGGUCAGUGCUUGAAGGAAGCUUCUACAGGAAGGAUGAAGAAGCUUACAGCCAAGCGUGGGAAGCACUGAAUGCUCGUUACGGUCAUCCCUUUGUGAUCCAGCGUGCAUACAGAGAAAAACUGAAUAACUGGCCAAAGAUUAGUUCACGAGAUUCUGUUAAACUUCGACAAUACAGCGAUUUCCUGACUGCUUGCAGCAAUGCCAUGUCACACGUUAAAGGUCUUCACAUAUUAAAUGAUUGUGAAGAAAAUCAGAGGAUGCUCCAAAAACUCCCAGACUGGGUGACUUCUCGAUGGAACCGUCAUGUAACAAAGCAACUGCAGGACACACAGAAAUAUCCUAAUUUCAAAGAGUUUGCCAAGUUUCUGGCUCAUGAAGCAGAUGUGGCCUGCAACCCUGUAACAUCCCUUUGUGCCUUGAAGUUGUCUGAAGAAAGGCCUUCCAGAGACAUGAAACGGGCAAAAGCCAAUGUGUUGGUCACAGACACAAAAGAAUCUGAAAAACCUAACACAGUAAUGAAAACUCAAGCUGUUGUGGUGAACAGCAUGAGAGAUACAAUUGAAUCAAAGAGGUUUAACAUGCCAUUUAAUUCCUCUUCAAGCCCAGUUAAAUGCAUGUACUGUAGUGAAAGUCAUUCCAUCCACAAAUGCCAGACAUUCGCUACUAAGACAUCAGAGGAAAAGAAAAGAUUCAUUCUGGAGAAAAAUCUGUGUUUUGGCUGUCUUAAGAAAGGACACAAUUCAAAGGACUGCAGAAACAAAGCAACCUGUAACAUAUGCAAGAAACGCCAUCCAACACCGAUGCAUGAGAAUCGCAACACAGCUCCAGAGACAUCUCCUCGUGCUGUUGUGCAGACAGCAGAAAUGUCAACUUCACUCUCUUGCUCUGUAGACAAAGGUGAUGGUGGGAGCACAUCCAUGAUAGUGCCUGUGUGGCUCUCAUCGGUCACAAGCCCUGAAAUGGAGACAUUAGUAUACGCUUUGUUAGAUACGCAGAGUAGCACUACCUUUGUAGACAGUGGUGUGUGUGAGAAGAUGGGAGCAGGAUUAGAGCCGGUCAAGUUAAAGCUUACCACUUUGAUGGGAAAGGAUUCCAUCGUUCAGAGUGACAGAGUUAGUGGUCUUAGAGUCAGAGGGUUUUCCUCACAUAGCUUAGUUAACUUGCCACCUGCAUACACCAGAGAAUUCAUCCCACUUGAACGCUCACACAUUCCCACAGCUGCAACAGCACAGAGAUGGAAACAUCUGAAUGUUAUAGCACAAGAGAUACCAGAGUUGUUAGAAUGUGAAGUCGGACUCUUAAUAGGCUAUGACUGUAGCAGAGCAUUAGCGCCACGACAAGUUAUUACUGGUGGUGAUGAAGAGCCAUAUGCCAUUAGGACUGACUUAGGAUGGAGCAUUGUUGGUAGCUCACCAAAGAUUGUUAAGUCAACAGAAGUGACAGGUCUCUGCCAUCGUGUGUCUGUCAAAGAGCUUCCAUCGUUAACACCAGCUGUUGUCAUCAGAGUCCUCGAAUCGGACUUUAGAGACACAAAUUAUGGGGAAAAGACUAUAUCACAAGAUGAUAUUCACUUCAUGCAAAUCCUGAACCAGACAAUACACCAGAACUCAGAUGGCCAUCUAGAAAUGCCACUUCCUUUUAAAACACGUCCACACCUACCAGAAAAUAAGCAACUUGCUCUAGUGCGACUGAAGCACCUGAAAAGGAAAUUGGAGAGAAAUCCAAAGUUUAAAGAGGACUAUGUUAAGUUCAUGGCAGGCGUCAUUGAAGGUGGAGAAGCAGAGAGAGCUGAAGAUGUGCCACAAGAUGGAAAUGUGUGGUAUAUUCCACAUCAAGGGGUUUAUCACCCGAGAAAGCCUGAAAAAAUUAGAGUUGUGUUUGAUUGUUCUGCCAAAUAUGAAGGCACCGCUCUAAACGACCACUUACUGACAGGACCUGAUCUCACCAAUAGUCUGACAGGGGUUCUCUGUAGAUUUCGCAAACAUCCAGUAGCAGUUAUCUGUGAUGUGGAGAAAAUGUUUCAUAGAUUUCAUGUAAGCAGAGAGGACAGAAACUAUUUGCGCUUUCUUUGGUGGGAACAGGGCGAUACCAAUUCAGAGCCAAAGGAAUAUCGCAUGAAGGUUCACCUUUUCGGGGCAGCAUCGUCCCCUGGGUGCGCGAACUAUGGUAUGAAGUUCUUAGCAAGUGAGAAUGAGAAAGAGUAUCCAUCUGCAGCCAACUUCAUUAAGAAAAGUUUUUAUGUUGAUGAUGGCCUCAUCAGUGUAGAGUCAGCAGAUGAAGCCAAAAAACUAGUGAAAGAGACACAAACUGUGUGUGCAAAGGGGAAACUGCAUCUCCACAAGUUUAUCUCCAACAACAGAGAAAUCCUAGAGUUCAUUCCUGACUGCGAACGAGCAAGUGGAGUUCAUGAUGUAAAUCUCAGCCAUGGCGAUCUACCUGUGCAGACUGUGUUGGGAGUAAAGUGGAAUGUGAGCAGCGACAUUUUCUGUUUCAGUGGAUCCCUCGAGGAAAAACCAGCAACUCGGAGAGGAAUCCUUUCAACCGUUGCAUCUGUGUUUGACCCCCUCGGCUUCCUUGCUCCAUUUCUUCUCCUAGGAAAGAAAGUGCUACAAGGAAUGUGUCAAAAGGGCAUAGCAUGGGACGACCCGCUGCCCCAAGACUUACACCCACAGUGGAAGAAUUGGCUGAAUGAUCUAAAGAGUCUGCAAAAACUCCAAAUCCCAAGAUGCUUUGCUCCUGAAGCUCUAACUAAAGCUCAAAGAGUUGAGUUGCAUCAUUUUUCAGAUGCAAGUAGUUAUGGAUACGGUCAAUGUUCAUACAUACGAGUGGUGAGUGAAGAUAAAGUUCAUUGCUCAUUAAUCAUCGGCAAGGCCAGAGUCGCUCCCACAAAAGUUGUAACCAUACCAAGGCUUGAGCUAACAGCCGCUGUGGUGUCAGCAGCAGUCAGCAGCAUGUUGAAAGAAGAGCUGGAACUCAAGAUCGACCAGGAAUACUUUUGGACUGAUUCAAAAGUAGUUCUAGGCUACAUCGCUAAUGAAGCCCGUAGAUUUCACGUUUUUGUAGCCAACAGAGUUCAGAGAAUCAGAGAUAUGACAGAUGUAGCUCAGUGGGAUUACAUUGAAACUGAUCAAAAUCCGGCUGAUCAUGCCUCCAGAGGCCUCAGGGUGGCAGACUUGAUCACUUCCAACUGGUUUACUGGACCAAAAUUUCUCUGGGAGAGAGAAAUUUCCUCACCUAAAGCAACUCCAGAGCUUAUAGUAGGAGAUCCUGAGAUAAAAACAACACAAGCGCUGCAAAUCAGUGGAGUUCAGGAAGAGAAUUUCAUGGACAGAUUCAAACGAUUUUCUAAAUGGCACACUGCAUUGAAUGUAGUAGCUCGGAUCCUACGGCUAUCGCAAAGGAACAGAUCACAAGAUCUCAUAACAGUUGAGGAAAGGAGAAAAGCAAGUUUAGUGCUUGUGAGGUUAGCACAGAGAGAUGCCUUCAAAGAGGAAAUACAGAAGCUUAAGCGGGCAAAAUUGCCACAUAAUAAUAAGUUGUUUCAGCUUGAUCCAGUACUGCAGGAGGGUGUCCUCAGGGUGGGAGGGAGAUUAAAAGCAGCUUCCUUACCUCAUGACCUGAAACAUCCUGCCAUCUUGCCAAAAGAUAGUGUUGUCACACGCCUGAUCCUGAAUCACUGUCAUGAGAAAACGCAGCAUCAAGGCAGAGGUCAGACCCUCAAUGAACUGAGAGCAAAUGGCUACUGGAUUGUUGGUGGCAGCAAGGUUGUAGCAAAUCAAAUCAAACAAUGUGUCCCAUGCAGAAGAGCUCGCAGGCCUACAGAAAUACAAAAAAUGGCUGAUCUGCCUGUGAACCGUACUGACCCCUCACCACCAUUCUCAUUUUGCGGGAUGGAUUGUUUUGGACCCUUUUCAGCUAAACAGGGUCGGAAAGAGAGCAAGAGAUACGGUCUGAUAUUCACUUGCUUAUCAUCAAGAGCCAUUCACAUAGAAAUGCUUGAAGAUCUAACAACAGAUGCCUUCAUUAAUGCAUUACGGUGUUUUAUCGCCAUCAGAGGACCUGUAAGAGAGAUCAGAUCUGAUCAGGGAACAAAUUUUGUCGGAGCAAAAAAUGAGUUUUCAAAGACACUAAAGGAAAUGGACAAAGACAGAUUGGCUGCUUAUUUAGCAGAGAAACAGUGUGACCUUGUUAUGAAUGUACCUGAUGCCAGUCACAUGGGAGGCGUAUGGGAACGGCAGAUUAGGACGGUGAGGAGUGUUAUGACUUGGACUCUCUCAAAGAGUGCUGGGAGGUUGGAUGAUGCAUCCUUGAGAACAUUUUUCUACGAAGCCAUGUCAAUAAUAAAUAGCCGCCCGCUCACCACUGACAGCAUCAGUGAUCCUAAAGGUGAAGAGCCGCUUACAGCAAACCAUUUGCUCACCAUGAAAACCUCUGUUCCUCUUCCUCCCCCGGGAAAGUUUGUGGCAGAAGAUCUGUACGCCAAGAAAAGGUGGCGCAGAGUGCAGUAUUUGUCUGAACAAUUCUGGUGUAGAUGGAAGAAAGAAUACUUGACAAACAUUACUCUAAGGCAAAAGUGGCAUUCUCCACGACGUAAUGUUAAGAUUGGAGAUGUUGUCAUUCUCAGAGAAGAGGGAUGUCCUCGCAAUGAAUGGAGACUGGGGAAAGUUUUGAAUGUCUGUACAGAUGGUGAUGGUCUGGUGCGUAAAGCCACCAUACAAAUAGGUAACAAGAAAUUAGGAAAGGAAGGUCAAAGGCUCACUAAUCCAUCUGUCAUUGAACGUCCAGUUCAUAAACUUGUUGUUUUAGUGGAAAGUAAUUAAAUGUUUGUAUUCACAUCCACAAAAACAUGUAACAUGUACUUGUGUUGAGAGUUAGAGGAAACAUUGUUGAGAGAUUCUUCUCUCAUAUCAAUUUUUUGUGUUGUUCAUGAAAUUGCUAAAUUUAUUUAUGGUUAAAAGAAAUCAUAAAUUGUAGCAAUUUGG